CCAGUGUUUUGUGAUAUAAUGUGUUUUAAAUAAUCACUUUUAAAUGUAUGAAUGAGAAAGACACCUUUGUCUGCUCUUCUGUAUAUAAACAAGCUGAGAUUUUUUGAGAGAAAUGCUAAUAUCCACAAAAUUAUUAGAGCAGAACUAUGGAAAAUCCCCAAGAGGAACUCAACAGGUGGUCACCGAAGAACUACUGAGGUUCACCAAUGUAGAAGAUGUUGAUGAAGACAGGCUUCUGGAAGAAUGGAAAUCUGGGUUUUGGUCACAAUUAGUGUCAGGUCUUGUUCUCUGAGAUGUUAUCUCUGAAACAAGCCUGAUAAAAGAAUAAAUGGGACAGAAAAACAAUGUUACAGAGUUUAUCCUUCUGGGUCUCACUCAGGAUCCUGCUGGUCAAAAAGCAUUGUUUGUCAUGUUCUUACUCAUCUACAUUGUGACAAUGGUGGACAACCUGCUCAUUGUGGGGACAGUGAUUGCCAGCCCUUCCUUGGACUCUCCAAUGUACUUCUUUCUUGCUUUUCUAUCACUCGUGGAUGCUGUUUAUUCUACUGUCAUCUUGCCCAAGUUGCUUACAGACUUAUUUUGGGGAAAAAAGACCAUCUCCUUCACAGCUUGUCUGGUUCAGCUUUUUGUGGAGCACUUAUUUGGUGGUGCUGAAGUCUUCAUUUUGGUGGCGAUGGCCUAUGAUCGCUAUGUGGCCAUCUGUAAGCCACUGCACUAUUUGACCAUCAUGAAUCGACAGGUUUGCAUUCUCUUGCUUUUGGCAUCCUGGGCUGGAGGAUUGGCUCAUGCUCUGCUUCAAGUUAUCUCUGUUUAUAUAAUUCCUUUUUGUGGACCCAAUGUCAUUGAUCACUUUAUCUGUGAUAUGUACCCAUUAUUAGGCCUUGCAUGCACUGACACCUACUUCCUUGGCCUCACUGUUAUUGGAAAUAAUGGAGCAAUGUCUGUAGUGGUCUUUAUCCUUCUCCUUGGCUCCUAUGGAAUCAUUCUGAACUCUCUUAAGACUCACAGUCAGGAAGGGAGACGCAAAGCCCUGUCCACUUGCAGCUCCCAUGUCAUGGUGGUUGUCCUCUUCUUUGUUCCCUGCAUUUUCAUGUAUGUUAGACCUGUCUCCAACUUUCCUAUUGAUAAAUAUAUUACUGUAUUUUAUACAAUUUUAACUCCCAUGUUGAAUCCUUUAAUAUAUACUCUGAGAAACCUUGAGAUUAAAAAUGCUAUGGCAAAGCUGUGGAGUAACAUGUUCACUACAGACAUAAUAAGAAUUUCUCCUCACUGAACAUGCUUUACUAAUGGUAAAGAAACAUUCAGCAAUCA